GGUUGGGUUUCCUCCCUGGCUAGGGAUGGGUAGUUGGUAGGCAUUGGGUUGGGUUAGGAUGGUUGGUUGGCAGGUAUACCAGAAUGAUGGAUGGAAGGCUGUACAGAGAUCAGAGAUCCAUGGUGGGGAUAUUGUUGAAAUAUUUAUCCCGAGAUAUGAUAUACGAAUAUACCUACGUAAUUCAAGUGUGCGUUUGCACAGCUGUACCGACACUCACUGUUCUUUGGUUGUCCUUUGAUUCGUUAGUUAUUUCUGCUGAGCAAGUGCUUGGUUUCUUUCGGUUCAUUGAAAGCGCUCAGAGUCUUUUUGGUUUUCUGUUGUCAUUCCGACAUUGGAUUCUAGUCAACAUCCACUGCCACCUCACUUUUUGCUAUCAAUAUAUCCCUUGCUGUCAAUAAUCAACAAUGUCAGCACUCCCUCCCCGCCACGGUAUAUAACGACACCAUCCCGACUCGCUAAGCAGCACAGACAGCUCCACCCACCAACGUAUGCUCUGAAAUAUUCUUUCUGAUUGUUCAUUGUAGAAGAAGAAUGACCGAGGUUG